AAAUUCUUUCAAAAAGUUACUAUCCAAGUAUUUCUGAUAUUCGUUUAACUUUUAUAGGGUUAUUUAUUCAUAUUGAUAAUUCAUAUUUAGAAGCUGAAUCUUCAAUUCUUGAUCCAACAUCAAAGCUAUUAACAUUUCAGCAUGAUGAUGAAAAAAAUAACAUUCUUGCUAAUUUGCGAAAUAUAAUUGAUCAAUAUAAAUCAAUACCAGCAA